UAAUUAUUUCUGUUGUUUUAGAUCAAAACACUUCUGAACGAUAAACAUAAACGUCAUAACACCACAACCUGUGAAAACACGAUUUACGUUGUUAUUUUUAUAUAAUUCACUUAUUUUGCGCGAAGAAACCCUAGAUAAAGUUAAAAAUGACGAAACUAGCAGACAACGUGAACCCCAACAUAUACGACAAAGGUUCAGAACGUGAAAUAACCGCUGCAGAUUACGACGAAGAUAACGAAGAUUUGAUUGACGAGCGAGAAAUUUUCGAUUUGAUCAGAAAUAUCAAUGAUCCUGAACAUCCUUUGACUUUAGAAGAGCUCCGUGUGGUGGAAGAGAGUGGUAUUAGAGUGGAUAAUAAGGAGAAUACUGUGUUUGUUAACUUUACGCCGACUAUUCCUCACUGUAGCAUGGCUACUUUGAUAGGUCUCUCAAUCCGAGUCCGCCUCCUCCGAGCAUUACCAAGCCGUUUCAAAGUGAGUGUAGAAGUCUCCGAGGGCUCCCACGUAUCUGAGCAUGCGGUGAACAAGCAGCUAGCUGACAAGGAGCGGAUAGCCGCCGCGCUCGAGAAUAAGAAUCUAGUGCAGAUCAUUAAUCAGUGUAUUGCUGUAGUUUAAUGUGGGUAGUUAGUAGUUCUUAGAAAUUUUAAUUCACCAAUGAGAUAAACAUAUUUUUUGCAGCUUUAAAAAAGUAAGUUUCCUGAAAUUUUAACCUUCAUGAUAAAAAAAAGAUUGUUUAAACCACCAAUUACAUAAACGUCUGUGAAUAAAAUUGGCGCUUAUACUGGUUCCUGUAUUUCAACUAAGAACUUAUUUUUAAACUAACUGUUCCUAGCAAUUAUAGCAGUUACCUGUUGUCUUAAAACUACUUCCUGUAACUAGAUAAGGGCCUUUGAGACAGACCGGCAAAGAGAGAGAAGAGCAAAUUCUUAACACAUUGAAAAUCGAGUACUUAGUAUUUGUAGUAAGGUUUAUUUUUGCAUGUGCACUGCUUUUGUCAUUAAGAAUGCUCGAAGGCGCUCGGUGUGAAAUAAUAAGAGGAGCCGACCGGCUCCGAUCGCGUACUUUUUCUUGACGUUUGGCUCCGAUUGCAUGCUCUUUAAUGCUCGCGCAGCCGAUCGGAUCCGGUCUGUUUAAAGAAAAAUGCGCGCCGAUGCUCUCCGACCCGGUCUGUUUGAACGGAUCCUAAGAGUAGCCCAAGUUACUAUUAAUUACUUUUACUUAAUAGCUGGUCAUUUUAACAGAACUAUCCCAGUUCGGUUAAAAUGACCAGUCAUAUCUGAGAUUAGCUGGAUACAAUAGUGUUUAGCCCAUUUAUCAAGGAAGGCUAAAGACUAGUUGCAAGCAGUCCUCACGAAUUAAUUAAAAUAAAACAAUCAUGUAAAUAGCAAUAAAAUAGUAAAAGUGCUUUAUUUAACCAAAGUAAACACCAUAUAAAAUUAUGUGAAUAUAAAAUAAAUAAAAUAUAGUUUUAAGUUA